AUGCAAACUAUAAAGUCUUUUACCCCUGCAACAACAGUCGUUUUGCAGUGGUUGGUUUGGAGAAAAUACUUUGACUGGCGAAUUUGGGCUUCUUUGGUUCCAAUUGUUGGGGGAAUUCUUCUCACUUCUAUUACAGAGCUUAGUUUUAAUAUGUUCGGAUUUUGUGCUGCCUUAUUUGGAUGUCUUGCUACUUCUACAAAGACCAUCCUCGCGGAGUCUCUGCUGCACGGUUACAAGUUUGACAGCAUAAACACAGUGUACUACAUGGCACCUUUUGCGACAAUGAUUUUGGCUGUACCGGCUUUACUACUGGAAGGUUCUGGGGUUGUGGAAUGGUUUCACACAAGUCCCUCACUUAUCUCGUCACUUGUACUUAUUUUCGGUUCUGGAGUGAUGGCUUUUUGCCUUAACUUCUCGAUCUUUUAUGUGAUUCACUCUACAACUGCAGUUACGUUUAAUGUAGCUGGAAAUCUUAAGGUUGCCGUUGCUGUUACGUGUUCAUGGCUGAUCUUCAGAAACCCCAUAUCGGCUUUGAACGCUGUUGGAUGUGCUGUGACACUUGUGGGAUGUACAUUCUACGGGUAUGUGAGGCACAUGCUCUCCCAACAGCCACCAGGAACUCCUCGCACACCCCGAACUCCACGCAACCGUCUAGAGCUGCUUCCUCUCGUAAUCGAUAAGCUGGAUGAUAAGGUUUAG